AUGACAACGCCUAUGAAGCUCGAGCUCCCGGUAGGGGCUGAGCUCGUCUAUCUUGCUGAAGGAGGCGCCAAUGUCAUCUAUCGCAUCCUCCUUCCCACCAAAAUGCCUGCGAGUCAAAUUCACCGGGAUGUGUCGGUGACUGUAUCUUCCAACCUACCGUCAGAUGCCACGAAAUGCUAUAGUAUACCUCCCACUUUCAAAAGAAAGCUGCUUCGUCUCCGGAAAGACACAAGCGCUGGAAUUCCUUACCAAGAAAUAGCACGGAAUUUUGAUCGCUGCAUUCGGCCUCUUUUUGAGCCCGAUGAGCUCGUUGAUCAGGAGCUCGUUUAUCUUCCCAGAGGGUUGGUUCAGUUGUGCAACGAACAGCUCCUUGCAGCAGAGCGAACGGGGCAGCGUCCGAAAAGACGUCAUGGCGUGUAUCUCUCUACAACUGAAUCUUUCGGGCUUCUCAUCACCGACAUGACCACAUUUGGCAGUCCUGGGGCCACGCUGUCCGAGCUGAAACCCAAGUGGCUCGUUCAAUCUCCGUCGGCGCCGGCGGGCUCGCUCCGGUGUCGGACAUGCGCACUUCGCGAUAUGAAGAAUCAUCAGGCUCGCAAAAUUGGUGACCAUGAAGAAGUUUCGUUUUGUCCGCUUGAUCUAGUAAGUGACCAGUUUGAGAAUGUGCUUCGCGCGACCCGGUUCAUCACGGCAUGCGAGGAUCAGGUUCCCCUGGCAAUGGUACUCUAUCAAAACAGUACUUUACAGAGACUCCUAGCCCACCAGAACAGCAUGUGUGACGUCGGGCUCCAAGGCCCUCCUGUCGUCUCUGUAGAAAAGUCACUCGGUAUGACUCUCCGUGACUGUACGAUGUUCAUUAGGAUAUCAAACGAUGAGUCCCGUCUUGUUGAAGUACGCCUUGGUGAUCUGGACCUCAAAACAGGCGCGGGAGGAAAGGCGAAGUACUGGGUUGACCUUGAACAUCGUUUAAUCGAUGAGGGUUGGUACAUGGGUGCAAAAGGCAGCGGAUCAGCAAAUUCCUGUGCCCUACAGGACUCGCGGUGUAAUUCACAGUCAAUGUAA